UUAUUUUCUCAGAAGUACUGCUUUAGGUAGGAGGAUUUAGAAAUGUGGAGCUAAUGUUGUAAACCGUGAUUGACCACACACUUCAACACAGUAGGUGGCGGCAUGCACCUUUAACGGUUGUUUUCGGGCCGCCAUAUAUCAUAGAAGAAGAAAGGUCCGAUUUGUUUUGUUUACUUUGACAGAAAAAAGCUUGGUAGCUAACGUUAAUAUUCUUUACGGUAACUCGUCAAAGACAGAAACUAUCAUGAAACCAGCGGUGGACGAGAUGUUCCCUGAAGGCGCCGGGCCUUAUGUGGAUCUAGACGAGGCAGGGGGCAGCAGCGGUCUGCUCAUGGACCUGGCAGCAAAUGAGAAAGCAGUGCACUCAGACUUCUUCAACGACUUUGAGGAUUUGUUUGAUGAUGAGGACCUGCAGUGAAUGAAGACCCCCCCCCCACACACACACUGCCACUGUGUUUGUUAAAAAAUAAAGGCUCUUUUAAAAAGCA